GUAGCUGUUUCCGGCGUGUUGACAUGUAUCUGUAUGAUGCACAAAUAACCUGCGCAAGUAGGUCGUUUUGUAUCGAUUUUCUUUGCAUGCGUUGGAGAAAUUGAAGUGAGCUGAAAAUCGCCUCCAGCGUCGUAUGCUGUGGAAGCGCCGUGUACUGUUACGAACAUGUGCACGCAGCUUCUGUUCAUCUAAGGUGGCAUACAUACUUUUACUUUGUUUACCAACGUGAUCUCUGAGCGGAUGCAGAUGUCAUUGCCAGCUUCCUUAAUUCUUUAAAAUCUUCUUGUACAGUGCGUACCUUUUUGGAAAGCCUUAUGCGUUUGCAUUGAGCAGCAACAAUGCAGCAUCAAACUGCCAGUUAUUUUACUGAUUCAGAAAUAUCGGUACCAGUCUGAUGCCAGUUCAAAAAGACUGAUUUUGAUUUUAGAGAGUUUAAAGUUUUUUUAUUAUUUGGAUGGAUGAUUCGGAGAAGAAUGGCGCAGGGAAGGGCGCAAAGAGGAAGCUGGAUUUUUCUUCGACACACACUGUUGAGGAUUUACCAUCAGCACAGCCUGGAUCGCGCCCAUCCGUAUGGGAAGCCCAUUCUGACCGAACGGAUGUGGAGAAGUUGCUGCAUGGGCAAUUCAACGAGGAUUUCCAGCCGACCCAGACGACCUUUCCGUCUGGUUUCCGCAAAGUUAUCCGUCCAAGCGAUCUCGAGGGCUUCAUGAGUGUCGCAGCGACAUUUCGCCCAAUAUUGCCGUCCAGUUCGUAUUCCAGUAUCUAUGCCAAUUUGAACGGUUCCCGCGAUGUGAUGCUGCAGAAAGCCGGUGGCGCAGUGUGGGCGGCGUACGAGAUCGCCUACGGAGACCAGAUUGCCGUGUUCACCGCGUUCAUGACGUCAGCCCUUAAAGCUCAGCAGAUUCCGUACCAACCGCAGACCUCGCCGCAGCGAGCACGGCUUCGAAUGCAGGAGAAACGUCGAGAUGACAAAGCCCGUCUGGCGCAGUUCGUUGCCAUGCUGCCCGGGUUCGAGAACAUUAGCCCGCCGGAUCGCAGUAUUUUACUCGCGGAAAAAACGUUUCUCAGUACCUUGCUGCAUCACAUGAAGUUCUUUCACAAGGGAGAUUAUUAUUGCACAUUGCCGGGUCCCGAGCAGAUUCACUCCAACAACUACUGCAUGGAAAUGAUGGGUAUGGAUCCGGAAUUCAUCCGGUUCUGCAACAAAUUCAGCGCUGUAUUCAACGCGAUUGGGUUGACGCUUACGGAAGUAUAUCUACUUCUGGCCGCAUCGUUUUUUGAUCCUGGCACCACCACUGCGUCGGCUAAGCAGGCACUCGCGCAGCUGCACGCGUUUUAUAAGGAUGCGCUGAUGUACACGAUCGGCUAUCGUUGCCGGAAUCCGGAGGAACGCGCCGCUGUCUACCACAAACUGAACGAAGCGGCCACACUGUUCCCCACGGUGCACCAGGUUGCGCUUGCGUGGUAUCAGAAUGUCGACAGGACGGUGCCACCAUUUCCUGCCCCGCUCAGGACGCUGCUUCAGGACUGCUUGAAACGUUAAUUUCUUUGACUGUUCUUAUACCGAGCCCCACUACGAAUGCUAGCGUGUUUAUUGCCUGCUCUCUGACGAAAUGUUAGGAAUUGUGUGGGCCGGUGAAUCCUUUUGCGUGUUUUCAGUUUUGUCGCGAUAGGCUGUCAUAUCUGUCGUACGCACCGUGCACAACUGAUGUGCAUUAUAUUUACAGAGACAGUCGAUAAACGACCACCUACGUACUCAUCUUGAAUUUCGUGUUUGGUUUCAGUUCUGCAAAAGCGGAUAUCCUCAUUGUACAUUUUUCUUUGACUGCUACUAGGGUCAUUGGCAGCAGAUAUUACAUGGCUCAACAACACCAUUAUAUCGCGAUAGUUGUCAACAUAGCGACGCUGAGCCAGAUGACAGUUGACGUAAAUCAGCCGCUUCAUUUUACUGGCCAGAUGCGGUGGUCCGCGGAGAUUGCACAUGCAAUGCGCGACAUGUCGCAUAAUGUUGUUACGCGUUCACAAACCGCUCCAGGCCGAUGCUUUUUAUCCUUGAACUGACACAUUGAGGGGACCGCCGAAGAGCACGGAUUUGGGCGUCCACACUCCACAGCACCGAUUGCAGUCCGUGCGGAAGCAAGAACGCCUUGCUCUGCGAAGAAGCUGCUGACGACAUCAAACGCACUUCGAAAGGAUACGGAAAAUGCGAAAGACAGCUUUUUUAGUACAGAUUCACGGUUCUCGAUUUGUGCUGCACCGCGGUCAUAGGAAGGACUCGACAUUCUGCCAGUGCGCACACAAAGUAGCGUGACGAACACGCCUAUGCCGGAUAGCAUAAGCCCCGGCCAGUAUUUUGUCAAGGUGUUAAUAAAUAAACCUUCGACGAUCGACCGGCUUCCGACACUGGAAUCUACUAGAUCUCCAUGAUGAAUCAGGAUGUAAUAAUCCCGCACCAGCGCGCCGCUAAUAAGCUCAAAGUCGCGUACACGCGCCGGUGUUACUGCAAGAGGGCAAACGCUCAUGUUGACCUUUCCAGUCAGCAGAUCAGCCGGCGCUCCGUCGUAUUUGGUCCCGUCGGAUGUAGUGAAUUUCGUUAGCGGUACGCUCGUGGCCAGCAACAGAAGCCUGUUCCAAUCAAAUCAAUUUCACUGAGGCUUUGCUCAAGUACCUAGAUUACGAAACAUCCGGAUCCAGACGGACUUUCAAAAUUCCACGGUGGAUUAUUGGAAACACUGACAGUAAACACUCCAGUAAUAUUAAUUUUAGAAUUUGCU